CAGAGUGCAGAACCAUUUCCAGCAGCAGAUAGAAAACACCUUAUAGAACAAAUGUCACAAGAAAAAAUUCAUAGCAGCAGCCCACAGCUUACUGUUGAGCAACUGAAACAAAUAGAGCAGAAGAGACAUGAAGCUAUGAAGAGGCUUGCUGCUCGCAGUGAUCCCAUGCUCAUUGGAGAGAGCUGGCGCAACCACAUUGGAAAUGAAUUUGCCAAACCUUACUUCACUGAGCUGAUGUCUUUUAUUGCUGAAGAAAGGAAACAUUUCACCGUCUAUCCAAGAAAAGAGCAGGUCUUCUUUUGGACACACGUGUGUGCAUUUGAGGCUGUGAAAGUGGUCAUCCUUGGCCAAGAUCCUUAUCCCAGAAAAGGUCAGGCUCAUGGUCUGUGCUUCAGUGUACUGAGGCCUUCACCACCACCUCCAAGUUUGGAAAAUAUAUUCACUGAACUUGCAAUAGAUAUCAAGGAUUUCCAACACCCUGGCCAUGGGGACCUGACAGGAUGGGCUAAACAAGGUGUUCUGCUUCUGAACUCUGUCCUGACCGUGAGAAACAGAGAACCAACAUCCCACCAGGGCUGGGGAUGGGAGGAGUUCACUGAUGCUGUGGUUCAGAGCCUAAGCAGGAGUUUAAAAGGUCUGGUCUUCCUGCUGUGGGGAUCAUAUGCUCAGAGGAAAGGCAAAUUCAUUGAUAGAAGAUCAUUUGACCAGACAUUAACGUUGAAGAAAAAAAACAGUCACAGCACCAUGUCCUUGAGACAAGCCAUCCCUCACCAUACUCUGCUCAUAUGGGCUUUUUUGGAUGCAGACACUUCUCAAAGACCAACAUCUUACUUCAAGCAUCUGGAAAGACACCAGUUGAUUGGAAUGCACUGUGACCAGAGUACUUUUUAGAAAUAUUUUUAAAUGUUAUUGUGGGUUUUUAAAUAUUCAGUAUAAUUGUAAUGUUAAUGUCUGGACAAAAUGUUACUGAGGGGAUAAUAGAUAUGUAGACCCACAAAAUACCAAAGAAAUAAUGUUCCUUCUCUGCUGUGCUACAAUAUUGCCCCUGAAAUUCAUUUAUUAAAUAUGCAGUGUUGGAUAAA